AUGCUGCCUCUGGCGGUUUUGGCAGCGGCGUUUUUAGGAUCCGCAUCCGCUCUAUGGGAUGAUGCCCUAUUCGCAACCGUUGAACGCACGAAUGGGGCACUGAAUUGCACCAGCCUUAUUGAGAACUAUCUCAGCGUUAUUAUAAACCAGCGUGUUCCUAACAAUGAAGAUUUUUUUGAGGCCUUUGUUUGCGUAGAUGAAGAAGGUUAUUAUUGCAGCUACGUUUCCUUUGAGUUAACACCCUAUGAGCGGCUUACUCCAGAAGAGUUUUACGCUCAAGUCAUGGCUGAUAGGGAGGAAGUACAAUCAUGA